GAUUUCUGUUUUUACGUAUACAAGCUUCUGUUUCUUUUCAAAAAAACGUAUAGAAGCUUCUGUACCAAGUUAUCAAGCAAACCCUAGAUCGACGCCAUGGAAGACGCCGUAUUACCUGAAAGCCACAUCCUCGAAGUUUUAUCCAGACUACCGCUGAAAACAAUAAUCCGCUGCAAGUGCGUGUGCAAAAGGUGGCGUGAUCUUGUCUCCGACCCCUACUUUGUAGAUCUUCAUCUCUCCAGAUCGCGUCCGUGCCUAAGUUUUCACCAAUACGAUUCUCCAAGCUCGAUAUUAGAGUUGGUAGAAGUGGAACACGAAGUUGAUUACGACCGUUUAACCCUCCAUCAUGUCAAGACCCUUAAUCUUCAUCUUAGUGCAGUUCCCUACCCUUGUAAUUGGACAACUCAAGUGGGCUCGGUUAAUGGUUUGAUCUGCUUGCACAACCGAGAUUUUGAUACGACUUACAUAUUCAAUCCUUUGGACGAAGAAUACAUGAUCCUCCCUCAACCACCAAAACCAAAUUUGGAGGAUGUUCGGUUCCCAUUAACUUAUGGUUUCGGAGUUUCAAUGACAGGGAAAUACAAAGUCAUAUGGAUUUACGCGCUUAAAAUUGAAGUUUACACCCUUGGAACCAACCAAUGGAGAUGUUUCGGACCAACCCCUUACCGCAUUAGCUAUCGUUGGGCUGUGGAUCCGCCGGGUGUAUUUGUGAAUAGUCAUGUUUAUUGGAUUAUUCAUGGCCAAAUUUACAAAUUCGAUAUGGACACUGAGACAUUUGAGUCAUUUCCGUCCCCUCCGGGGGAACUAGGGGAUGAUCAAGAAUCAAUGCAAAUGCUGGGAAUCCUGAAAGGCAGCUUAAGUCUGUUUUCUUGGACUUCAUUAGGGUUUAACCUUUGGGUGAAGAAGGAAUCUUGGUAUAAAGCGAUAGCGGUGAUCCAGGAAAACAUAGACCCGUUUCUUAAAUCGCUAGAGUGGGAACCCAGGUUUCUCAUGGAUGGUUCAGAUGGUACUAGUAUUUUGAUCUUCUGGCCUUGGCCUGAGGAAAAUCCAAGUCUGCUGGGGUAUUGUCUUAACACGAAUAAGAUUCUAGAUCUGAAUUUGCCUGGCGACAUCUUUGCAAGUAUGCUUACGUAUCGUCCUAGUCUUGUUAAGCUCCAAAACCUUGGAUCAGAGAGAGUUCGAGUUGGUUCCUUGUACAGUAAUGACACUGUCUCUGCGAAGAAUAGAUAUAAGUCCAGUUUGAAGUUCGAGCAAAGGGCGUCAUUCUAGCUGUUGUUAGCUUCGGGCAUGUAUUACCUUUUCUUGAGUCAGUUAUUAUGUUUAAACUAUUUAGUAGGCCUAAUGAUGGACGAAUGUUUUAGAAAACAAUACUCUUCAUUUUUAUUUUAAUUGUAAUUUGAGUUAAUAUUAUUUCCUUUGCU